CCGGAAAUUCACCCUGAAGCUUUGUUCCAACUGCAGCGUUGCUCGUUGCUGCACUAUUCGCGAUUUUGCCCGUAUGGCGCCUCCGUUCAACUCAUUGUUGUGGUCGCUCUUUGUAUUCAUCUUUCUUCAAGCCGAUGCCCAUUUUGUAUUACAAUUACCGCCAUCGCUCGGCUUCAAUGACGUAAAAGAAGGAGAAGGCCCUUGUGGCUCUUUUUCGAUCAACAAUCGAGACAAAGUGACCGAAUGGCCUGUCGGCGGUUAUCCUAUCUCUCUCCUCACUACCCAUACUAAGGCGAAGCUUACAUACUGGACGGCGCUCGCAAAUAGCACGGAUAAGCUCGUGGACUUGAUCCCUCAGAUGAACCAGAUGGGCGUUGGGGAUUUCUGCUUACCAACUGUUCCAGGGAAGAAGGAGUGGGUUGGGCAAGACGCCGUCGUCCAAAUCGUUCAAGAAGCCGCUGAUGGCUCGUUGUACCAGUGCGCAGCGGUCAAGUUUACCGACGGAGAUGCCGCCGCCGUGCCUUCAUCAUGCAAAAACUCGACUGGAGUGCAAGCUACCUUUAUCGUUUCCUCUGGAACGCCUUCAUCUACGAAAGCCGCUCCAACCGGGGCUGCAUCGAGAACUAGAACAGGACAAUUUGGCUGUAUCAUUGCAUUCGUACUAUGGUUCUGGGGGGCACUUUGAGCGUGCGCUGAGCUGUCGUUUGUUUUAAGCGUACUUGUAGUUGUAUUUGCUAGUCCACUUACAAAUGGGAAAUAAUUUACACCAGUUC